AUGUCCACACCGCAGGUUCGGCAUCUUCCAGAAUACCCACUGAUGAUCAUGUCAACUCAUCUGAUCGAUUGGCACUCGAUUCGAAGAGAAACGAUUCCCCUUCCCCCCUCGUUGCCCACCCGUUCCGCUAUUUUCUCCAACUUCGGGUCUCCCGCACCGACGGUAUGCCCGAGGGGAGGGCCUCACCGCAUGCCUCGCUUGUCGACGAAGCCCGAAAAAACAAGCAAACAUGCCCUCGCUGGCAAAGCAGGGUUCUUCAAGCAGGGUCUUCGGCACAACUUGAAUGAUAUCCUACUUUACUGGUCCCAGGGUGGCCGAGGGAAGGGGGGCUCCCUUGGUCAAACUGCUUCUUUCUACGCGGCUUCUUCCCUGCCUAUAAACGUGUGUUUCUUUGCUUUUUCGCACCUGCUACGCGCAUGCGGCACGUUUCGCGACUCUGACGGAAAAGCAACUGCGCAACGGGCCUAUUCUUCACCGCCUACUCUCAUUUUCAACGUGAGCUGCUCCCUCGAAGUUUGUCCUGUGGGUUCUUCUUUGCCAUGCUGCCUCGACGCGGAAUAA